CCCAUUUUUUUAGUCAUUACAACGAAAGUAAAGAUUUCACCUUUCGUUACUUUCGAAUGCAGGUCGAUGGGAGGAAGGGAUCCCAAACAGGUUCCUUUUGUAAACCUCAUUGGUUCUUUUGAGCUACAGGGUCUAGAUUCAGGUGUUUCUUCUCUUUCCUUUUGAAUUUGGGUUCUGGAAAAUGAAUGGGAUUGAAGAAGAGGACCCUAUUGUUUUCGAGAUUGCUGUGGUGGUUCCCAGAAGGAACCUCAAAUUAGAAAACGAGGGUUAUGAUUGUGUUGAGUUUCUUGUCAAUGAGUUCAGAAAUGUGUGUUUUUUCGUUGACAGAGUUCUUGGCCUCCAUGAUGAAUUUAUCAAGCUGGCAGCACCAUUAGAGACUUUGGGAAUAGUAGCAGCCAGGCUGCAUAUGACGAAGACCACUCCUAUUGGUAAUAAUUCUCUGGCUUAGAUAUCGAUGGUUCACCGCUUUCUUUUACUUACCUUCAAUUCGAUUAUACAUUUUCUUUGCUGAAAAUAGCUAAUGAAGCUCUGCACUUCAGGAGUUGAUUUACCAU